UCAGGGACAAUACUGAAAAGACUCCCAAUAUAUGUGGAAUUAGGGAAAUAUUUUUUUCCAUCUCCCAAACCAAAACCAUCAUCGUCUCUUUAUUGGAAAUUCUCGCUACGAGUUGGAUUCCAAAACACCUCUCUCUGUCUCUCUGCAAUUCGAUGAUUAUUCGACAGUUAUCUAAACCCUAAUCCUAGUUUCAUGUGAAGAGAAUCCGUGGUUCUCUUCAAAUUUUCCAUAUAUAAUUCAUCAUUAUAAACCCUAGAUUGUUGAGAGACCUAAUGGAGCUAUCUCAAGGAUCGUCAAUCAUGUCGCCUUUACCUUCAAUGAUCAUGAAUUACAGUCUUCUCUCUCCUCCGCCGUCGAUCGAUCCCGACGCCGACUUCGACACGGCGUGGUACGGCAACAUCCAGUACCUCCUCAACAUCUCCGCCAUCGGAGCUCUCUCUUGCGUCCUCGUCUUCCUCUUCGUCAAGCUCCGCAGCGACCACCGCCGCAUGCCAGGCGCCGCCGCCGUCUUCUCCAAGCUCCUCGCCGUCUGGCACGCCACCGGCCGCCAGAUCGCCACCCACUGCGGCGCCGACGCCGCCCAAUUCCUCCUUAUCGAGGGCGGAAGCUGCUCCGUCCUUCUUGCCAUCGCGAUUCUCUCCUUGUGUGUUAUUCUCCCCCUCAAUCUCUACGGUGGUACUGCUCCGAUGAACGAUCAGUUCUCGAAGACCACCGUGAAUCACAUCACGAAAGGUUCGCCUUUGCUCUGGAUUCACUUCUUGUUUGUUGUGAUUGUUGUUGUUUUGGUUCAUUUUGGUAUAAAUGAGAUUGAGCAACGCUUGAGAAUCACUAGGUUUAGGGAUGGGUAUGGUAAUCCUAGUGAUCCUAGUGCGAAUUCAUCUGCAAUUUUCACUAUAAUGGUGCACGGGGUGCCGAAAACUUUAGGGUUUGAUAAGACUUCUUUGGUGGAGUAUUUUCAACACAAGUAUCCCGGGAAAGUUUAUAAGGUCAUUGUGCCGAUGGAUUUGUGUGCUUUGGAUGAUUUAGUUACGGAGUUGGUUAAAGUUAGAGAUGAUAUUUCCAAAUUGAUAGUGAAGAUUGAGUCGCGGGUUUCAACGAUUGAAAUUGAAGAUGGUGAAAUUGGAGAAGAUUCUUCAGCGGGGUUGUGGAACAGAGCACGUUCGCUGUGGAGGACAGUAAGGAACUACUGGGAUGAGAUUAUUAGUGAAUUAGGGUUUACGGAUGAGGAGAGGUUGAGAAAGUUGCAAGAAUUGAGAGCUGAUUUAGAGACUGAAAUGGCAGCAUACAAAGAAGGGCGAGCAAAGGGUGCUGGAGUGGCUUUUGUGGUAUUUAAGGAUGUGUAUGCCACUAAUAAGGCUGUUCAGGAUUUCCGGAAUGAGAAAAGGAGACGGAUUGGAAAAUUCUUUUCUGUCAUGGAGUUGCAGUUACAGAGGAACCAAUGGAAAGUUGAGCGAGCUCCAUUGGCGACCGACAUAUACUGGAAUCAUUUGGGCUCCUCAAAGGUCUCACUGAAACUUCGCAGAGUGUUUGUGAAUACAUGCCUAGUGUUGAUGCUUUUGUUCUUCAGUUCUCCUCUUGCUGUGAUUAGUGCCAUUAAGAGUGCUGGGCGCAUUAUCAACGCAGAGGCAAUGGAUAAUGCUCAAAUGUGGUUGGCUUGGGUGCAAAGCUCAAGCUGGCUGGCAACUAUAAUCUUUCAGUUCCUUCCUAAUGUUCUUAUUUUUGUGAGUAUGUAUAUAGUGAUCCCAUCAGCUCUGUCCUAUCUCUCAAAGUUUGAACGGCAUCUUACUGUGUCAGGGGAGCAAAGAGCUGCACUUUUGAAGAUGGUUUGCUUCUUUCUUGUAAAUCUCAUUCUUUUGAGGGCUCUGGUUGAAUCCUCUCUAGAGAGUGCAAUCUUAAGAAUGGGUCGCUGUUAUUUGGACGGAGAAGAUUGCAAAAAGAUUGAGCAAUACAUGAGCGCGUCAUUUCUGUCAAGGUCAUGCCUUUCAUCUCUUGCAUUUCUAAUCACAUGCACUUUCUUGGGAAUAUCUUUCGAUCUUUUGGCUCCAAUACCUUGGAUAAAAAAGAAGCUUCAGAAGUUUCAGAAGAAUGACAUGCUUCUACUGGUACCGGAACAAAGUGAGGAUUACCCAUUAGAAAAUCCGGAUUUAGAGAGUCUGCGGAGACCACUGAUUCCUGAAGAAGCAUUUGACACAAUGGUUGGCAAUAAUGGAUUGCCGAAUGGUGCCACACUUAGUGAAAUCGAUUUACCAGGACAAGUUCUUUCUGAAUAUCCGAUCAGCAGAACCUCACCUAUGCCAAAGCAAACAUUUGAUUUUGCACAAUAUUAUGCAUUCAAUCUGACAAUCUUUGCCCUGACCAUGAUCUAUUCUGCAUUUGCUCCUAUUGUGGUUCCUGUUGGUACAAUUUAUUUUGGGUAUAGGUACGUGGUUGAUAAGUACAACUUUCUAUUUGUAUACAGAGUACAAGGGUUUCCUUCAGGCAAUGAUGGGAGGUUGAUGGACACGGUAUUGGGUAUCAUGAGGUUUUGUGUCGACUUGUUCCUACUUUCAAUGCUCUUGUUCUUUACAGUCAAAGGAGAUUCCACUAAGCUGCAAGCAAUAUUCACGCUUGGGCUGUUUGUGUUGUAUAAAUUGUUGCCUUCUGAUGAUGAUAACUCCCAACCAGCUUUAUUGCAAGGCAUACAGACUGUUGACAAUGUUGUAGAUGGACCGAUAGAUUAUGAGGUUUUUUCGCAACCCAAAUUUGGAUGGGAUACAAGUCAGUUGUGAUUUGAUCUUUAACACUUAUAAAUGAGUUGCUUGUGAUAGUCAUGUAUUUCUGUCCCCGUUAAUCUUCAAAGAAUCUUUUGUGAUGUUUCUGUAUAUAUAUUCAUGUGCUUUUGACAUA